AUGUCUUCGAAGCACCUUCCUAAAGUAAUUUCCCAUCGAGGAAGAACAGCAACAGAGGUUGAGCGAGAAAAUUUCGAGAAAACACAAACUGUUGCAAUAAACAAAGCAAUCAACAAUCAAGAAGCUCCUGUCAAAGAAAAACAUGUGAGAACCACGGUGCUGGGAACAUUCCAAGACAAUGGAGCAAGUCUCUUUUGGGGUGUGGCCUCCAAACUUCCAGUCCAGGGAAAUCCGAUUGUGUGCUGGAAAUUCCUUCAUGUUCUCCACAAGAUCUUCCGUGAGGGUCACAAACAUAGCAUGCAUGAUUCCUGGAAAUAUUCAACCCACAUAACAGAUUUGGGAAAACUAUGGAGCCAUUUGCGCGAAGGUUAUGGACGUCUGAUAGCCAGCUAUUGCGCGCUGUUAGUACAGAAACUCAAAUUUCACAAAAAGAACAAUCGUAUACCAGGAAGCCUGAUUAUGUCUGACGAACAAUUUUCUAAAAUCUGUGGAUCUGAUGUGAACAAUUAUUUUGAGAUUUGUGUGGACAUGCUGGACUACAUGGAUGAAAUCCUUACUCUCCAGCAGCAUGUUUUUGGUUCUCUGGAUAUGUCAAGAUCCAACUCGAUGACGAACUCUGGCCAGUGUCGAUUAGCUCCCCUGAUUCUGUGUAUACAGGACUCCUGUCAGCUGUAUGAUUACAUUGUUAAAUCUCUGUUUAGGCUACAUUCUAGUCUCCCCCCAGAUACAUUAGCAGGUCACAGGGACCGCUUUCUAUCAGCAUAUAAACGUCUUAAGCAGUUUUACCUCAGCAGCAGUAAUUUACAGUACUUCAAAAAUCUAGUCCAGGUGCCGUUUUUACCUGAUGAGCCACCUAAUUUCUUGAUCGCCUCGGACUUUAACAAACAUGUAAAGCCUGUGGCUGUUGUUCCCACGGAACCAGAGCCAGAACUUGAAACUCCAGACACGGACAGCAUCGGAGAUCUGGUUGAUACUUCAGAUCCUCCGCAGUUUGAUGAAUCUUUUGGAAAUGGCUUUGGUCCACCAGAAACAGAUGAGAGAGAUUUGCUGAUUGAGCGUCUAACACGGGAGGUCCAGCAGCUGAGAGCAGAAUUAGAAAGAAUGAGAGCUGAGGAUAUGAAAAUCAUCACUGCUCAGAAAGAGGAAAUCGCAAAGUUGGAAAAAAUUCUAUCGGAACUACGAUUAUCUGCAGAAAAAUCUCUAAAGGAAAAUGACAGUCUGAAGAAAAAACUUGAAGAAGCAAGUGUACAUGCUGGUGCUGCUCUAAAGCUGUCUGAGUCGGAAAAAGCGACAAAAGCCAACGAAGAAAAGUUUAAGAAAAUGAAAGACAUAUACGGAAAGCUGAGAGAAGAACAUGUGAACUUGUUGAGAACAAAUGCCGAAACAACAAAAAAAUUGGAAGGAGAGCGUAGAUCCCUCGAAGAAAAAGAACAAUUACUGAAGGAGUCCCAUGGUGAUAUACAGAGGAUGGAAAAUGAGCGUAAAGUUCUACAGGAAAGUCUACAGCAGAGUGCUGAUGAAGUCACAUCACAACUUGCAAUAGCCACGGCUAAAAAUACGGAGCUUGAAAAAUCAGCUGAGAUGUUUGAAGCCCAAGGGCAAGGAUUUGGUGCAAAUCAGCAACUAGAACACAAGGUAAAAACUUUGGAAGAGACCAAGUCUAGUCUGAUGUCACAGCUACAGACUGUGGAGGAAGAGAGCUCAGCACUACAGACGAAACUUGACGAGGCCAACCAUGCCCGCCAACAAACAGAGACCGAACUAACAGGGGAGAUAACUGCCCUGCAGGCACAGCUCCGACAGACACGUGAAGAGAAAGAUGUGCAAGAGACACAACUUUCACAGGAAAUUGCAGAUCUGAAGGGAAAGUUAGAGGAGACUGUUUCAGAGAAGCAGACAAUGGAACAAGACCUAAACCAACAAUUAGAAGAUUUAAGAGCUAAACUGACCCAGACAGUGACUGACAAGGACAACAUGGAGGAGAGGUUGACUGGCGACAUUAAUUCCAUACACUCCACAAUGUUAGCCAAAGCUGUUGAGGAAGGCAGAGGGUUCAUACAAGAUGCUCUAGAUCAAUUUGAAAAUCCAACACAUAUCGCUGUUAAGUGUACUGCAGAGUUCCUCCUCAUGAGGACAGAGCCAGUACUGACCUGUCUAGAUAGCCUGAAGAAUGCCCACAGUAUCUACAGUAUUGACAAAAAAGAUUUGGAGACACUUGUGAAAUCCAUAACAUCUUAUUCUCAUCACAUGGGGGAUUGUGUGAUGCAUGGUAUUGCCACUUCCCACUCUGCCCAGCUGGAGGCAGGGGAAGAGCUUGGAAAUGCCUGUAGAGAAGCUGGUGAUAUGGGCCUUAAGUUGUUGGAUGCCAUUGAAGCAGGAGGAUUUGUAAACACUGAGGUUGACCAGACUGUCCAGAGUGUGAAGAGACUGAUGAACCUUGCUGAGGCCCUUGUCCCCAAGAUGGUGGACAUUAAGGAGGGAGAGAUAGGUGAUCUGGUGGAGAAUGAAAUGAGUGCUACUAACUCCGCCAUUGAACAAGCCGCUCAGAGAAUCGAGGAAAUGCUUCAUAAGAACAGGUCUAGUAAUUCUGGUGUCGAGCUUCAGGUCAAUGAAGGAAUAUUGGACUCCUGUACGGGACUAAUGGAGGCCAUUAAGAUUUUGUUAUCAAAGUCCCGUGAUCUGCAGAAAGAAAUAGUGUCUCAAGGACGAGGAACAUCGUCCAGUAAGGAAUUUUACAAGAAGAAUCAUAGAUGGACAGAAGGUUUACUGUCAGCUGCUAAAGCUGUAGGAUUUGGUGCUACAACUCUAAUGGAGGCAGCAGACAAGGUUGUGAAAGGAGAGGGGAAGUUUGAAGAACUUAUUGUUUGCUCAAAUGAGAUUGCUGCAAGUACGGCACAGCUUGUUGUAGCCUCAAAGGUCAAGGCUGACCGUCGUAGUGAGAAACUCAAGGCCUUGUCCGAUGCCUCUAAAGGGGUUUCUACAUCAACAGGCAAAGUAGUGGGAUCAGCUCGGGAAGGAUCUCAGAGGAUCGAGGAACAGAGUCUGAUGGAUUUUACCAAACUGACAUUGCACCAGACGAAGAAAAAUGAGAUGCAGUCCCAGGUACGGUUGCUGGAGCUUGAGAAAGAAUUAGAGUUGGAGAGAUUGAAGCUUGGAGAGCUGAGGAAACAACAUUACCAGCUGGCAGGAGAGAGUGAAGGCUGGGAAGUGGGACAGGACUCGGAGGAAGGAUCGGGCGACGCCCCAAAUGAUGCUGAUGGAUACUUAUAUAUUCCUUGGGAUCAAGGGUCGUUUUUGUGA